AAAGUCCAGCCUGGAAUCUCCACUGGAUCCCAGCUUCAUGGAAGAUUCAGAUGCGAAACUCCCGAACGGACUCUCGAUGAACGAGUACAGAGUCUCGAAAUUCGCCCAAAAGGAAGAUUUGGAAGAGAAACCAGAAAGGAAAUGGCCGUCCUCAUAUUGGAUUCAGUACCGCACCCUGACGUUACGGAACUUCAAGCAACAGCAGGAGGUGAUCCUGUCCUGGCUGAACCUGGUCCAGACUCUCAGUAUGGCCAUUGUCCCCGGAGUGAUCUGGUGGCAAAUUCCAAAGGUUGAGGAACAGAUCCAAGCCACAUCAGGACUGAUGUACUUUAUCCUCCUUUACUGGGCUUUCACUCCAAUCUUCCACACCCUAACCACAUGUGAGUAUGAACAGGCAGCAGAGCGAGCUGGACAAUAUUUGUGACAGGUGGGGUACCCU